UUGGUUGGUCUCACUUCUUCAACUGUUUCAGGAAGUGGAGCAGUGUCACUGAAAUCAGGAAACUAACAGUAGCUAUUUAUACACAAGACAAAGCGCUGAGCUGCUGAUCGCCAGUGCAGUUUCAGUAGAAGAAGAGGUCAGGAGAGUGGGACAGUCCGCAGGAGAGAUACAGGACACACAAUGAUGCACAGCAGGUGAUUCUGGACACUGGUGAAACUUGUCAACCAUGGAUGAAGACUGCCCAGCUGUCGCUGAUUCUCUCAUCUCAUAUGAACUGUUGAUUCUCUACACAUCCGAGGCUGAAGAAUGGGCCGCAUAUCUACAACAGAUCCUCAAAUCCUCCAAAAAAUUUCCCAAAAGGUCCAUUUUACUGUACUCUCUGAGCUCUGCAGACCAACUCCAUGGAUACAACUUUGACUGUUUUCAAAACUGCAAAUGCAUUGUGGUGCUUUUCACUGCUGCCUUUCUGGACAAUCUGACAGUACCUGACCUGAAGGGGUCACUCCAGAGGCUACUGUGCCCUCCUCACAGAGUGGUGGCGCUGUUGUGUGGAGUGGAGGAUGAUCAUGUUUUAACAGAGAGUUUCACAGACUGGCCGUACUGGAGGAAAGUGUACACAGAGGAUGAACCGGCCGUGUAUGUGUCCACUAUCUUGGAAUCUGUUUCAGAGAGCAAGAUGCGACAGAUUAAAGACAAGACAGUGGACCACGUCACAGAACCUUCGCCGACACAACAGCCCACCAGAACGGAGGAAGAGGUUUCAGAUGAAGUGGAAGAGAAGGAGAAGAAGGUAGAAGAGGAGGGACGAGGAGAGGAGAUGGCAGACGAGGUGGCAGACGAGAGGCAGUCGGUCACAGAGGAAACUGGAGCUGCAGAUCUGAGCUGUCUCACAGUCCAGCCCAACAGAGUCCGCUGUGGGGACCGGGACACUAUUUUCAUACUUUUUAAACAUAAAAUAGACGAUUAUUCAGAGCUGGCGAUUGAAUUUACAUCAGAAAGUGGAGAGUCAACAAGGAUUCAACCAACCAUAGAGAACAGCUUUACUCUGAGUGUCACUGCACCUGAUUUUCCUGCUGGAGUCGUGUCUCUAACUCUUCACACAAACCAGUCAAGUGCAACCCUCAAACCUGUCACAUACUUCACCAACAUGGGGGAAGUCAGUCACUUUAUUGAAAACGCAACAGAUCCCGUGAACUUUAUCUGCCAGGCGUUUCACUUACAGUCCAACACAACAGAGUCCUUGGACCACAUGCUGACAGAGUCUUUCAAGUCCAAGAUGCCGCCCACAGGACUGCAACUGUUUGGCAUCAGGCAGAUAGAGGAGGACAAUAUGGCCUCAUACCAGCGCGAUGAGGAACUUCCCACGCUGCUCCACUUUGCUGCUAAGUACGGCCUGAAGAAGCUCACUACUGCCCUCCUACAGUGUCCUGGGGCAUUACAGGCCUACAGUGUCAUGAACAAAAACGGGGAUUAUCCUAACACCCUUGCCCAAAAGAGCGGUUUCAUCGACCUGCGACAGUUCAUGGACGAGUUUGUAGAAACUGCUGAUGUUAAGUCUCACAUAGAGACCAUCGCCCCAGAGGAGGAGGGCGACGUGUACGAGAGGAUGACCGCCUCCUCCCAGAACAUCCUCAUGAGGUUUUCAGGCCAAUCUGAGGACAUCUAUGAGUCUAUGCUGGAGAUCAACCCGGAGUGUGCAGAGGACCUGUAUGAAGUGAUGAGCGCUGUGCAGGAAAAUCCAGAGGAGGCCAUGCUCAGAAAGUUCUUCCAAGGCAAACCUGAGAUGGAUGACGCUCCUCAAAGUGACACCCCGGUGGCCGCCGUGGAGGAGAGAGAGAGUCGGGACCGGACAGAUUUUGACCUGAUUGAGGAAGAGGAGGACCCUUAUAACCUGAGUGCAGAAGAUAUCUACGACACAGUGGACCCUGAAAACAUGUACCCCCCCAUCCUCAACCGGCCCCCUGCCCCUGUGCCCCGCCCCCUACCAGAGCCAGAGCGCGACCAAGACAAACCCGUGGCCUACAUCAGCAGAGUGUUUUCAGAUAAAAAUCUGACCCAGGUGAAACAGGAAUUUCAAGAGAAGAUGUAUGCAACAGCUCGCCCCCCAUCUAUGAUCCAAGCCCCUGUGUACGACCCCUACGCUGGGAUGAAGACCCCAGGCCAGAGGCAGCUCAUCUCCCUGCAGGAGCGCGUCAAAGUGGGGGAGAUCUCAGUGGAGGAGGCUGUACAGGAGUUUAAGGCCUGGCAGUUUGACCACGAACGAAGGGCCCACUCAAUACGGUACCAACAGGAAAAUCUAAAGAAGUUACGAGACAGCAUACGACGCCACAAGGAGAAAGAGAAAAUAGGACAAACUGAUUAUGAGAUCUCGGCUCCUCUGCAGACUAACUUGUACUGGAGCUCUGGCGCGUCUUUGGAGUGUGCUGUGUACGAGCCCACGCCCAGACUCUGCAACCUACCUCCCUCUGGGCCUCUCCCCUUGCCGCCCUCUGCUGCCGGGGUGGGGAACGUCAUCAAGAGGGGCAGCUGGAAGACCGGCAGCACCUCCAGUAACUCCAGUACAGAGAGUAACCGUCUGAGUACACACAGCACCAUGAGCUACAGCAGCGGCACAGAGCCUGAAAUAGAGGAUCCGUUAGAAAGUCUUCCUCUUCCACCUCGACCUGCACGUCUGUCUGAACCCAAUAUUAUGACCCCUCCUCCAAGAAUCCCUCCACGAAUCCCAGAGAGAGUUCCAGAGAAGAUGCUUAAUGAACGGUACAUUUCGUGUCCGACCCGAGCGCUCCCUCAGGUCCCUCAGCGUCAGCCCGAGGUGGCCCCCCCAGUGCCCCGACGACAACGAUGAUCUCACACCAGCACCCCACACACACCUAGGCCCGUGACAGUAACACAAUUUGAAGUGCAAAUAUAGUAAAAGUGAAAAUAUAGACGAUAACCGAAAAUGAAACAAAUUUUGCAUAAUGAAACACUUUAGUAGUUUGUUUGUACCUGCAAUGAAGAGGAAUUGACAAAAAAGUUUCUCAUUUACAUAGAACAAUAUUUUUUGGGGAUCAAAACUUUUAUAUACUGAACGAUAAGUGAAUAUAAUUAUUGUGACAGGCCUGCCAGCAUCCUACAGACACAGAAAAAGACUGUUUAUAAAGAGAAGAGACUGUGAAUAAGAAUGACAACCAAAGAAAAACCUUUUUUUAUCUUGUAUUAUGUUUUUGCUCUGUUACAAGGAUGCAGGCAAUGUACAAUAUAUUAAGAUGUGUAUGUAAUGUUUUAAGAUUUUAGGUUAAGUUAAAUUCAUUCAAUGUUCAAUGAUAAAAAAUAAAUAGUUUUUUCUUAA